GGGGAGAUAGGAGGGGAGGGGCUGUGAUUGGCUGGAUUGGCUGUGUUGCCAUGGCGACGGCGAGGGGUUUGGUAGCGUUGCCGUAGCGCCGUGUGAUCCGCGCGCUGCGUGCAUGGAGGAAGCAGCUGCUGAUCUGAUCUCUGACAUUGUGCGAGGCAGGCACACAUCCGAGUCCACCGCGCACUGUCGUGUCUUUAAAACACACACACCGCGCCGAGGCACGCCGUGCAUGAUUAUCUCUUUGAUUUAAUGGGUCCAAUCAUUGGGAUGUCACCAGACAAGAAAACGGAAAUUCCGGAUAUGCAAGAGGAGCGGACAUGGCUCCGAGGUGUUUGCAGUGUGGGAACGCUGCCAGAAGCGGAGUGCGCUGCCAGUCCACUUGCGACCAAUGUUGAUCGGACUGGAGGUGCCGAAGAUGAAGAACUCACAAACCUCAACUGGCUCCACGAGAACCUACUUCAGAACUUCACUCUGGGUGGUCCUGAAGCUCAGCCUAGUGGCAGCCCCCUCUUUGACAUCGAGGGAGACAAUGGCUCCAAUCAGGGACCCUCGUCUUCGUCCACAGCCUCAACUCACAGUAGGGGCAGGGAGCGGGACUCCUUGAAGUCGAAGCCGCCUUUCUCGUUUUCGCUCCUCAUCUACAUGGCCAUCGAGCAGUCCCCUAGCAAAUCUUUACCAGUCAAAGAAAUCUACGGCUGGAUUCUUGAGCACUUCCCUUACUUCUCCAAUGCUCCCACUGGAUGGAAGAACUCUGUGCGUCACAAUCUCUCCCUGAAUAAAUGCUUCCGCAAAGUCGACAGGAGUUUAGGAAAGGCUAAUGGAAAAGGUUCUCUCUGGUGCGUCGACCCGGCAUAUCGCCCCAACCUGAUCCAAGCCCUUAAGAAGCAGCACUUUCCUGCCGCACAUGCCUUUUGUACACCACCCGCCUCCCCGCCCAGUGCCUCCUCACCUCCUCGUCAUCUUUUUUUACAAGGUUGCUCAUUUAAAGAAUCUGAUAUUGAUGCUGCCACUGCCAUGAUGCUCUUAAACUCUGCCCCAGGGCACCACGUUGACCCAUGCAAUUCUGACGGCCCGCUGGACCUCUCCAGACCUGACUCGGUCCUGGUGAGCAGCGAUCCGAAGCAGGACCACAACUACAGCAGCGUCGCCCUGCAGCGCUGCUCCUCCCGUUCCUCCUCCUCCUCCUCCCUGUCCUCCUUGGACGAAGGCGGCUGCGACCGCCGGCAGUCCCACCGCGCCGGUAGCGAGGGCUUCCACAGCGACGAGGACUCCGAUCUCUGGGACGAGAGGGGCGCCAACCUAACGCAGCGUCGUCCGCCCGCCAUCAAGUGGCCUGUCAGCAAAAGGGCGCGACGCGAGAUCAAGCCGGAGCUGGAUGAGGAGCUUAAGGAGGCCGCCGGCUCAUUGCUGCACCUCGCCGGUAUACGCAACUGCAUGGAGGGCUCCAAACGAAACGUCAAGAGCACAAAACUUCACAGGAAAUAAGGAUCCCCAGUUGUCAGACUCCGGACCCUGCGAACCCUCACCUCUGACCCCCCCGCCACUUUCCAGUCGUGUGUCUCGGUGUGCCUCCUUCUCCUUAUCUUAUCGUACAUCGGCCAUUUUGAGCCUCCCCUUUUCUUUUGGUGUUUGUUCGGGAUAUCUCUGUCCAGCAAAACAAAUGGCAAUAGUAUUGUUCACACAGGAGAACAAAGCCAUAAAGAGACCUUCGUAACUCGGGGCGGUCACAGCAUACGGGGGCGGACGUCUGGGUCACGGAGAAGGGGAACCAAAAUCGGAAUAGACGAUGGCAACUCAAGAUGUUCUUUUUCUUCAUGACAGGUGGGAAAAGCCGCAGGUUUUUUGUUUUUUUUUCUAACUCAAUGCGUUUGCAUGCUUCCUCCUCAAACCUGUAUCCUCUUCCAAGUGAAUCUGUAUGGAGCGAACAAGCGCAUGUUUGGAACAGACACAAUCUAACCUCCCGGUGUUACAAGUUCUCCCUCUUUUUGUGCUAAAGAAAAGAAAAAAAGACGGCGCGGUUUUAACACAACUUGUGCUCUACACCUCCUCUUGUGAGAGAAAUGCAAUAAUGAAUCCACAUCCUUAACUUUUUCACAUCAUUUAUUAUGGGUCCCUUUUACCACCAGAGACGCUCGUUCAACUACAGUGACGCGAAUGAAAGUGUUAUUGUCUUGUUAUGCCAUGGACAUCCAUUUCAGGAUUAGCAAGAUGUGGGAAAGCAGAAGUAUUAAUCUGCCACUGCCAAAUUUAACUUGCAGACUUUGCUUCGCCGCUUUGCUCUGUUUUUGAGAAUCGUCCUGUCAAUCACUUUCAUCCACCAAGUGUGUUUUGUUUGCAUCAUAGGAUGUCCUCCGUGGCUUUUAUUUGUUCCGGUGUUCUUUUGAAGUGUGUUUACGCCACAUCCUGCGGACAAAAAGAAGCCCUGCUGCUCCACUCGUCGUGCAUGUUAGAUAACCACUGGCUCUCGCUGCAUUGUGUCUGGUUCAGGAGAGAUCGCAGUAAAGCUGCUCCAAAACAUAACUGGAAUCCAUAUGAUGACGAGUGCUGCUCUCGUGAAAGGCCCCCGCUUCCGGUGGGCCGCUUGCGCUUCCUCCUUAGAACAAAAUAAGGAAGCCCGAAACUCUCCUCUCAAGCUGUGAAAUGUGGUGUGGGAAGUUGCAAGCCACAUUUCUCAUUGGGGCUUUAAAACGACAAACAAAACGUGCCACAGGCUGCAUUGCAUGGUCCGUGCCAAACAUUUUAAUCAUGCCACUCAUGUAAAACUGCAACUUAGUAUGCCAGUUGCCACCAAAAAAAACCAAUUGAGAUAGUUUUGACUUCCUUGUUUCGUUUUGGGUGUGUUUUUUUUCUUUCUUGUAAUCCCCUUAAACAGGAAAUGCUCGCGGACUCUGGACAGUGUAGCGACGAAACCAUUCUUUUUGGUGUAUUUGACUUCUGAGUUGCUCCCGGCAGAUUAAGCUACAGUAAUUCUGGCAUACACUGGUCUUAUUUAGCUGUGAAAGAAGAACAAAUCGAUUGUUCCUGACCUUAUUUAUGACAUUAAUUUAUGGAUGGGAGAGACGAGGCGCAUUUAAUUUCCUUUUUCUUUCCUACAUUAACUCCUCAUGAGAAGUAUUUUGUCCUGUUCUUUGUUUAUUUCGCAGCAAUACACCCUUUCACCCUCUUUUACUGUGUUAUAUUAAGUAUUUUUUGCCAAUUGUCUAUAGAGCGGGUGUUUUAUUUCUGCAAUUUAACUCUGACUGCCAGAUUUUCUUUGCUUUGUUGUUAAGCUGGAUAUAAAAGAAGCAUUUUUUAAUCAUGCUGCCAAACUUGAUUUCCCCACCGAUUGAAUCAAUUUACAUUUAUAUGUACAUGUUCAGAUAUUUUGGACUGCCACUCAUAAGUCAUGCUUCCAGGUAUUGUGACUGCCACUGGAAAGUGGAGCAGAAUGACCAUGCAGUCCCUCAGGCUGCUGCUCCUGUGUUGUUGCAGGCCUAGAGUCCACAAUACACACAGACUUUGUGUAGCACUUGUUCAAGAAAGGUUAUGUUGCUGUCAGAUGUACGUCUCCCCACAAGACAACACUGUUGCUUAUCGGCUUUUAUCGAAUGCUCAUGUGGUUCUCAGAAUUAUGUUGCAGCUGUUGCAUUGAAGAAAAAAAAAAAGCAAAACAGAAAACUGCCAGCCCACUUUGGUUUGCUAACGAACCAACACACCGUUUUGGUUUUUGUACGCUAACCUCUGUUGAUAAAAUGUUUAUAAGAUUUAUUUUCGCCAAAGAUAUGCAAUUGCAUUAUAUAUGGUAUUACAAAAAUAUUAAUAAAAACCUGUUCUUGUUACCACA